AUGAUUCGUGACCACUGGUUUCAAAAGAGCGUAUCGAAUCCUUGCAGUGUCAUCGACUACAAAGUUGCUUUUCACGCGGAGUCUCCUGGUCUGUCUUUCUCUUUUUUAAACGGCAUUUCCCUUUUGAAAUGCGUCGAGCCUCUCGACUACAACAACCUCUUAUAUCCCUGUGAUGGCUACUGCAUUUACUAUCCUCCCGAAGAAGCUAGUCACUGGCCCGAGCCUUCUAAAGGAUGUUCUCUUGUCCAGCUUCCAAUAUUUGAAGCUAAGUUUCCCGGCUCAACCAACAUAUCCUUAUUGGAUGAAAUCUAUAUACAAGUACAUCUACCUUUCUCUUGUUUGGAUGAGAAAUGCGAUGCCCAUGAGCUCAAGAAAAACGAUUCCAAGCCUAUGACACCGGAGUGCAAGAAAAUCGAUUCCAAGUCUAUAAUAAUAGGUGUGGCUAUUGGAAGUGUUGGCAUGAUUAUAAUUGGCUUGAUUGUUAUUCUGUUGCGGAACAAACAAGAUUACAAGUCUUUAGGCUCACAAAAUCAGUCAAGAAGCAUUGAAUCUGAUAAUACUCGCUCAAGAAGCAAUCAAUCUGACAAUACUUACUCAAAUGCAAUCCUAGAAAGUAGAAAUAUCUACUUUGGGGUACCUCUCUUCUCCUAUGAGGAACUCGAAGAAGCAACAAACAAAUUUGAUCAAUCAAGAGAACUGGGAAGUGGAGGCUUUGGAACUGUAUACCAUGGAAAGCUUAAAGAUGGAAGAGAAGUUGCUGUGAAGCGGCUAUUUGAGCGCAACUAUAAACGUGUACAGCAAUUCAUAAAUGAAGUUAAGAUCCUCACACGCUUGCGUCACAGAAACCUUGUGUCGCUGUAUGGCUGCACUUCACGUGCUAGUCAUGAACUGUUGCUGGUCUACGAAUACAUUCCAAAUGGAACUCUUGGUUGUCAUCUCCAGGGCAAUCUCGCAAAACCUGGCUCACUGCCAUGGCAUGUGAGGAUGAGGAUUGCCAUAGAGACAGCAAAUGCAUUGUCCUAUCUCCAUGCUUGUGACAUCAUUCACCGUGAUGUCAAAUCCAGCAACCUUCUACUUGAUUACCAUUUUUGUGUCAAGGUAGCUGACUUUGGUCUUUCAAGGUUGUUCCCCAAGUUUGUCUCUCAUGUCUCCACAGCUCCAGCAGGAAGCCCAGGUUAUUUGGACCCAGAAUAUCACCAAUGCUAUCAGCUUACUGAAAAGAGUGAUGUUUAUAGCUUCGGGGUCGUACUCAUUGAGCUGAUAUCUUCUAAGCCAGCUAUUGAUGUUACAAGGAACAAGGAUGAGAUUAAAUUGGCAAACAUGGCAGUUAACAAGAUUCAAAGAAGAGCGUUCACUGAGCUGGUAGAUCCUUCCCUUGGUUUUGAGUCAGACAAGGAGGUUAAGAAGAUGAUAAUCUCAGUGGCAGAGUUAGCUUUUCAGUGCCUACAGAGGGAUAGGGAGCUAAGACCUUCCAUGGAUGAAGUAAUGCAGAUUCUGCAGAAAAUAGAAAACGGGAAGCAUGAUCUUAAGCAUCUAGAGUUUCAUGGUACUGAGUUUUCAAACAAGGGAAUUCAUACAUCUCUCCCAACCUCAAUGCACAGGGUUGGAACAGGAUCAUUGACGAACUCAAAGCCACAAGGCCCUCCCCAUACAAUAUGAUCACCAUUGGAAAAAGCAGUUUUAUUGCACCUUAAUGUCGGUACAUAACAAAGGAGUUCAAUUCAGUAGUUUUCACUUGAUUCUGUUAAAUUGAGUCUACCCUAUGAGCAUCAGAAAGAAUAAUACAAUUUUUGUCAGCAUCCAUCCUCAGUUGAGGAUGAGUGAUUCUCUCAUCUAUUUGUACCACUGCUCAUAUGAUGAUUCAUUAUGAGGAAAAUCCUCGUCAUGUCAACAGCAUUUGUUUGCUGUGCUGCGAGUUUUCUUCAUGCUUUCAAUUAUACAGCUUCGACGCAGGUAAAUAAGGAACUCCUGGCAUAAUUAAAGUAUUAAACUAUCUUUGUGUAUGUGGGUGUUUGGUAUUCUUUUAUUAUCAGCUUUAGCUAUUAAAUAGCAGAAUCACGGGUCUUUUAAGUGCAGCCCCCUGGUCCAGUGUGCACUGAAAUUUCUUUCUUACCUACUAAUUUUAGUAUUUUGUCAUGAGAGAAUGUUUUGUUUUCCUUCGAGACAUUAUUGAAUGUGACUUGAGAGUUGUGCUUCUUUU